ACCAAGAAAAAAUAGAAGAAAAAUCCUUUUGCAUCUGGUCGUAGUGGAAAAGAUCAUUGGGAUAAUAUUUUCCCAAUUUCUUUGCUAAAAUCUCGUGAAAUUUCGUUCGUUUCAAAUGAAUUAACAUUCGGUGGAUAGUAAUCUCAGCUGGAGUGCAUCGGAAUCAUGGGAAAAAGGUGGCAGCUGAAGACGAUUUUGGCGGUGGCUUUGCUGCAAUGCUGCGCGGUGCAGAGUUUCUACGUUCCCGGAGUGGCCCCGGUCGAGUUCCGGAAGGGCCAGAAGAUUGACGUCAAGGCGGUCAAGAUGACCAGCACUCACACUCAGCUACCGUACGAGUAUUACUCGUUGCAGUUUUGCUUGCCGAAGAAUGGAACCCUGGUGUACAAAAGUGAGAAUCUCGGUGAGGUCCUGCGGGGAGAUCGGAUCGUCAAUACGCCGUACGAGGUCCGGAUGGCGGAAGAUGUGCGGUGUAAGCUGUUGUGCAAUAGCAGGGAUAGGCCGCUGAACUGGGACCGAGAGCAGUCGGAGAAGGUGGCCGAACGGAUUCGACACGAGUACUUUGUGCAUUUGAUCGUAGAUAACUUGCCAGUAGCUACCAAAUUUGUGAAUCCGGACACAAACGAGCAGCAGUUUGAACACGGAUACCGUCUGGGUCUUAUGGACGGCAAUAACGUGUACAUUAACAAUCAUCUGAAGUUCCGAUUGUUUUAUCAUAUGCACAGCGAGAAUCAAUAUCGAGUGGUCGGUUUCGAGGUGGAAACCCUUUCGAUUCACAAGGAUCAACUCAGCUUCGAAGGCGAUACGUGCAGUUUCCCGGAGAGUCCCCGACCACAGCCCGUUUCGGUGCAUGCUGGCCAUACGCAGCUGUUCUUCACUUACUCGGUCGAGUGGAAGGAAUCAUCGGUGAAAUGGGCCUCCCGAUGGGAUAUCUAUCUCGGCAUGAACGAUGUGCAGAUCCAUUGGUUCAGCAUUAUCAACUCGUUGGUGGUGGUGUUCUUCCUCUCCGGUAUUCUUACAAUGAUUAUGGUGCGAACACUCCGACGAGACAUCGCUAAAUAUAACACAGACGACAGCGUCAACAUCGAGGAUACGCUGGAGGAAACCGGUUGGAAGUUGGUACAUGGGGAUGUUUUCCGCCCUCCUCGGCAUCCAAGACUGUUUGCCGCCGUCAUUGGUAGCGGAAUCCAGAUUUUCUUCAUGGCUAUGAUCACGAUCAUUAUCGCCAUGCUGGGAAUGCUGUCUCCAUCGUCGCGAGGUGCCCUGAUGACGGCUGGAAUCAUGCUGUACGUGUUCAUGGGUUUGAUCGCUGGCUAUUUCUCCGCCCGAUUGUACAAAACCAUGAAGGGACGAAAUUGGGAGCGAGCAGCCUUCCUGACGGCGACUUUGUUCCCCGGACUCGUGUUCGGCACUUGCUUCAUUUUAAACUUCUUCAUCUGGGAUCGCAAUUCGAGUGGUGCCGUUCCGUUCGGCACAAUGGUGGCACUUUUGUGUUUAUGGUUUGGAAUCUCAUUGCCCCUGGUGUACCUAGGAUAUUACUUUGGAUUUAGAAAGCAAGCCUACCAGCAUCCGGUUCGAACCAAUAUGAUUCCUCGGCAGAUUCCGCACCAGCACUGGUACAUGAAUCUGGGACUCUGCGUGCUGAUGGCCGGUAUUCUGCCAUUCGGGGCCGUUUUCAUCGAAUUGUUCUUCAUCUUUUCGGCCAUCUGGCAGAACCAGUUUUACUACCUCUUCGGUUUUCUGUUCCUUGUGUUCUGCAUAUUGGUGGUAAGCUGUGGCCAAAUUUCGAUAGUAAUGACGUACUUCCAGUUGUGCGCUGAGGACUAUCGCUGGUGGUGGCGAAGUUUCAUCGUGUCAGGCGGCUCAGCUGUGUACAUUCUUUUCUACAGCAUAUUCUACUUCUUCACCAAACUCGAGAUUACGGAAUUCAUUCCAACGUUGCUGUAUCUAGGGUACACCGGUCUGAUGGUGAUCACAUUCUACAUCCUAACGGGAACAAUCGGAUUCUUCGCUGCGUACAGCUUUAUCCGUAAGAUUUAUGGCGCCGUGAAGAUUGACUAAAUGGUUGCUGCCAGCGGGGCACCCUUGAGCUAUUAACAUUAACGAUCGAUAAUCGAUGUGCGUGAGUGUGUGCAUUACGAAUGUGUGAUAAAAAAAAAUAAUUGAUUUUAAGACUGUCCGAACCGAGCGACUGAGAGCGAGCGUCUUUAUGUUAAGGGAAUGAGUGCAACUGCGAUUAGUUUUGUUCUUUUUAAAUUGAGCGAUCAUUUUCCCACUGAAUCAUUUUAAUCCUUUCGCCAAAUCACUGCUUCUCGAUGAUGUAACCGAGCAAAAAUUGAAUGUCGUACCUAAACUAUAACUAAGCAACAGAGUGCAGAAUCGCUCGGUGAUCAACAAGUGACUUUAAGUUUUAGAUGUGGUUGUUCUAGCGAGAUCCAAUGACAAAGCAGCAGACAGCGUCGGAAAGAAUGCAAUCACUAGAGGGCAGGAAUUGCAUUCAGUUCAUGUGUAAGAACGUCUCAACUACAAAAGUGAAAAAAACAUUGGAUAUAAAUUCUUAAAUCUACUAAUGAGAA